AUGGAUACACCAUUACAAAUUCGAGACUUCUUUUAUGGAUGUUUUAAUAAGCACUGCCUGAGUUGUUUUGAAAAUGUAAAAGACGAAAGAGAAAAGAAAGGAUGUGAAGAAUUCAUAUAUCAGAUAUAUAUGAUUGAAAAUAUAAAAAAGGAUGCCAUAUUAAAAUUAAAGAAUGAGAAGAAUGAGAAUUUAUAUUUGUUAUAUUUAUAUUAUAAAUAUUAUUAUAUGAAUGAUAAAGAAAAUGUAUUAAAUGAAAUAAAUAAAUUAAAUACUUCUUCUUGUAAUGCUAAUAUUUUAAAAAGUAGAAUAUUCUUUGAUAAUGAUUUAUUAGAUGAAUGUUUUGAUUUAUUAGAAAAUGGUACUAUAGAAAUUAAAGCAGCCAAAAUUUUUUUCUUAUUAAAUAUAAAUAGACAAGAUAUAGUAAAUGAAAUUAUAAAAGAUUUCUUACAUAUGAAUGAAGAAAUACCUAUUAUUAAAAUCGUGUUAGCUAUUUAUUAUUUAUUUAAUGAUAAUAAUAAAGAAUCUUUUUUAAUUUUUGAUGAUUUAGAAUCUUUAUAUGGACCAAUGAUUAAUGAUCAUUCCUCCAUUAUAUUAAAUGGAAAAGCAGUAGCAACCAUACUAAAUUAUGAAUUUAAUGACGCUAAAGAAUUUUUAAAAAAUCAAAUAAAUAACGGUGAUAUUCUAUAUAAUUUAAUAACAUGCUCAUUGUAUUUAUAUGAACUUGAUGAAGCUAAUGAAUAUUUAACAAAACUUUAUGAAUCUUAUUCUUCACAUGAUAGUUUAAAAGUUUUGAAAGCAAUUGAUGAUGAAGUGGAUAAUUUUGUUAGUGAAUUCUGA